CAGGUGAUUUUUGGAAUUGGAAUAAAAUCAAAGCAUGGGUGAUUUGAUAUUGACCAGUCUUGGAAUUAUGCUGAUGAUUAUCAUCAUUGCUGGAGCUACUCUGGCACUCCGCCGUAGGCGAGUGUUGCUUCUUUUUACCUUUUUAGAUCCAUCCAAUUUAAUUUAUUUACUUCCAAUAUAUUUCAUCAUUUAGCUAAUAUAUUUAUUUAUUUAUUUUUUUUUUCAAUUAUAAAUUAACGCUAUUAUUGCUAGUUCAAUUAAUAAUAAUAUUAUAUAAUUUCGCAUACUUUUUCAUCUAUAUAUCAUCAGUCAUCGUCAUCAGUCAUCACCAUCGGCAGCCAGUAUGUGCAUUUAAGUAUUUCGGUUUUGUGUCAACUGGCAAUGGAGUGUACGAAAUAUUCAGAGUAUUUAUGAUGAAUGGCGUCAAAGAAUAUCUUGGCUUUGGGCACCUAGAGAAGAAAAGGUGGGCCUUGUUAAGGCUCAGCACCCAACUGCCCAGACGAUUCCUGGAUUGUAUUCAUCACAUGGAGAUAAUGGACAACAUCUCAUAAAUAGUGACAGUGAUCUUCGGCUAGAUGCUCAAGGAGCUUUUACACGGUUUGAGGCAGUCGAUAGAGACCUACAUCCUCCCUUGGGAAGCGGAAGUGCAAUUAUUCCACCUCAACCACUUCGACCGGCUCCACAACCACGACCAACAGCACGUCCUCGACCAACCCCAUUUAAUCCACCAAAUCCAAUUGAAUUUCUACGAUUAAAUGAUCCAACAUCAGCUCCACUAACACCACCACCAGCACCACGUACAUCAGGAACAUCAUCAAAUCGUGGAAAUCAAAUAUCAAUGUUUACAUUUCAAAAUAAUAAUUAUCAUCAUCAUCAUCAUCAACAUCAACAACAACAGCAACAACAACAACAACUACAAGAAAAUUUAUACAGUCAAUUUAAUCGAUCUAUUGAUGAAGAUAAAACAUUACAAUUUGAUACAUAUACAAAGCCAACAAUACCAGAAAAUAUACAAAUGACAUCAUAUAUUUAUUCAUCAGAAACCAAAGUGCCGAAUUUUGAAACAAGCUUUGAAAGAAUUGAGAGUCUUGAAAAUCAAAUGAAAGAUAUUUAUCUUGGUAGAAUAAAUAAUAGAGAUAACACAUUUAAUUUAUACAAUGAUAUUGAUGAUGAUGGUGAUGAUGAUGAUAAUAAUAAAACAAAAUACAAUAUACCAACAACAACAUUACAUCAUGAUAAUAAUUUAAAUAAAGAUAAUUUACGUUAUAUAUCAUCAAGUUUUCCUGGCUAUGAAUAUACAACUAAAAAUCAUAAUCAAGUACGUCAAUAUAAUAAAAAUUAUACAAUUGAUAUACCAGAUAUAAAAAGUACCACAACAUCACAAACAAUAAUUGAUUCACUUUAUGCUAAAAAAUACAAUAAAAAUACAAAAAAUUAUUGUAAUAAUAUUGAUUGGAAAAAUCAAUUAAUACAACAAAAAAAUAAUAAUGAUUUAUUUAAAAAUUCAAGUAAAUCACAAGAAGAAUUGUCUUAUCAUAUAACAGAUAAUUUCAAAGAACAAGGAUUACAAAGAGUAUCACAGUACAUACAAAGUUUACCUGAUUUACCAAUAUAUGAUACUAUUGAUGAUCAUUGUGAUGAUGAGCAUGAUGAUACAAAACAAACAACAUAUCAUGAUUAUUUUAAUAAUCAUCAAUCAAAUGGCAAUAAUGAUGAUAAAUUUUCUUAUAAUUCUGUACCACCACCAGCACCACCAGAUCCGAUAAAUCAUCAUUUAGAUAUUCAUACUAAAAAUACUCCUACAACUGGUGAAAGAAUUUUUAGUGCUUUAAGAUCUGUAUCAUCACAGAGCUAUAUUGAUGCAUCAGAAUUUUACAACUCUGUAUUGUUAUCAGCUCAGCAAGUACCAAAGCUAACAUUUUCAUCAAUGACAGAAACGUCGUUACAAUUGUUAAACAAAAGUUCAUUGAACCAUAGACAAAAUGAAAAUAGUGACUAUUAUACUGAAAGUGAAAUCGAUAUUGGUAUGGAUGUUUCAAAACGUGAAGGUGGCUAUGAUCUAUAUAGUCCUGAAUUAAAUUUGAAAGCUCAUCGUACUGCACAGGAGGUGUACAAUAGUCUCCAGGAUCCACCAUCAUCACCCCUACUAUUGAAAGACAUGAGCCAAGAGCCAUAUCCAUAUAUGUCUGAUCCAAGUUUUACAAGAACAUCGGAGGAUAUUUUUAACAGCCUUGAGCAAAGAAGAAAAAGUAUGGAACGUCUAAAUGGUUUUCAUGAACAUGGUGAAUUGGAGGUGAUGAAUGAACCAGCCAGAAGAAAAAGUAGUCAAGAUUUAUAUGCUGCACUUGAAGAAGUACAAAUUAUGAGAAGAUUGUCACAGAGUAUUGAAGAAUCAUAUGGUAGUAAUUAUAUAAAUUCAGAAAUAAAUGGAUGUUUAUCAAGAAGAGGUUCACAAGGUCCAGAACCUGAACCACCACCUGAUGAAGGAAAUUUACAAAAAGCAAUUAGUUGUGAAAGUUUAUCAUCAGAUACAAGUGUUAUUUUAAAUGAUAUUGAUGAUGAAACAAUUGUUGGUCAUAUAUGUAUUGGUUUUGAAUUUGAAAGAUGGGGUGGACGAAGUAGUGCUGAUACUGAAACUGAUCUUUCAGUUAGUAUUUUAGAAGCAAGAGAUCUUAUUUCACCCGAUGGACGUCCAGCUCUUGAUACACUUGCAAGAGUUUGCCUUUUGCCUGAACGACAAAAUCGUGCUCAAACAAGAAUUUAUAGAGGCUCAUCUUCACCGAGUUAUCAAGAAAAAUAUUUAUUUUCAUUGGAUGGUGGUUCUGUUGGAAGAGUACUAUUAGUGGAGGUAUUUUCAUUUGAUGUUAGCUUUGGAGGUGGUGUAUCUUUACUGGGUGAAGCAUCUUUAAAAUUAGGACCUGCUGCUCGACCACCAGCAACAACUUGGCUUCCAUUAAUAAGUUUAAAUUUACCAGUACCACGACUUGGUGAACUUAUGAUAUCUCUGAGUUAUCUACCAACAGCUGAAAGAUUAACACUGGUCGUUGUUAAAGCACGAAAUCUUCGAGGUAUCACUGAUAUACCUGGUGACUUUUUCGUAAAGGUAUAUCUUCUACAGCAAGGAAAAAAAAUGCACAAAAAAAAAACAUCAACUAAAAAAAAUGAAAAAAGCCCAACAUUCAAUGAGGCGAUGAUUUUUAAUAUACCUGCUCACUCAUUACAGAGUAUGCAGUUGAGACUGACAGUAGCUGAGGUAACAUCAAAUACAAAAACUUCAACAGUUGGACACAUUAUAAUAGGUUCAUCAUGUGCAGGUAAAUCUUUAUCACAUUGGAAACAAAUGCUUGCAUCACUUCGACGUCCUAUUGUUAUGUGGCAUCCACUUAGAACUUAAUAAAAAUAUUAUUUCACAUUAAUGAAAUAAAGAUAAAUCUAACAAGACUAAUUCAAAUUGCAAAGUGGGAUCAUUAUGGCAGAAAAAAAAAAAGAAAAUACAAAUGAUUGCACAGGAUCCAAUAAUUCAAAUCUCAAAAUUUCGAUAUUAUUAAUAAUACGUGAUGAUUAAUAUUAUAAAUAUUAAAUCCAAUACUUUUUUUGUGGAUUUAAAAACAAAACAUGCAUAUUAUUGAUUAAAUGUUCAUGUUGAUUCAACAAAUAAUACUGAAUCAAUAAUAAAAAAUAUAAUUUAUUGUAAAAUCAACAUGUCAAGUGUUCGAUUGAAUAUCAAAACAUAUUAAUUAUACACCUUCAAAUUAUACAAUAAAUAAUAAUUAAAAUUUAAGUCAUUCAGUAUUCGAAAAAAUAAUAAAUAUUAUUUAAUUAAAAAUAUAAUUUAUAUAAAAAAAAUGGAAUUGGUUAUUAUGAAAAUUUAAAUUCAUGUCAUUGUUUUUAAAAAAAAAAAAAAAGAUUCAUUUGAAGCUUAUAAUAUUUGUUGAUAAUCAAGUCGGAUAUUAUUGUUGAAUUAUUUGUUGAGAGUUAAGAAAUUUGACAAAAAUAAUUAAUUUUAAAUUCAUCAUGCAAAAAAUUAACAAAAAUAUAUAAAAUAAUUAAUAAUAUUAUUUUUUGUUGUUAAUAUUUGUUGACAAUUAUUAGUCUAGUUAGAUAAAUUAUAAUGAAAUGAUAUUGAUUAAAAAUAAAAUAAUAACUCAAGAGAUAAAUCUCUUGUAAUUUUUUGUGAAUCGUUGCAAAGUUAAUCAUUUUCAUGUGAAAAGCUCAGUCAGUCUUGUAACUCUAUUGUUACGAAAAAAAAAAAAGAAAAAAAGAAAUAAUAUUGCAAAGUGAUGGUGUUGUUUUGGAGAAAAAAAAUGUUGAUAUUUGUACAGAGUUUAUUAGCUUGUACGUAUUGAACAAGGCAUUUAAAAAUUAAUGUUUAUAUAUUUGUUUAAAAAAAAAAUUGAUAUGUUGCAUAGAAAUAAUUUUAACGUUAAUAUUAUUUAAUUUAAACAAUUUGUUAUUUAUCAAUUAUCUAUAUGAGAGUUGCAAAAGCAAAAAAUUGAUUUUAUUAUUUUAUUUUUUUCAUGUUAGUACUGAUAGCAUGGUGCUGAAUUAUUUAUUAAAAUACAAGUUGAUAUAACGAACCGAAAAAAUUGCCAAAAUUCAAACACUCGCACUAAAAUUGUUUUAAAAAAAAAUGAUUAAUCUUAUCUUACUAAAAUUAUUAACUAUAUUAUAAUGAAAAAUUUUUGAAAACUUCUCAGCUAUAUACUAUAAAACUUUACAAUUUUAAAUCAUUAAAUUUUAUACACCAUUAUUAUACAAAUCUUCAUACACUAUUGUCAUAUAAAAAAAAUAAAUUAAAAAAAAAAUUAUUAUACGAUAAUAUA